UGUUCGCCGCCUUUGGGACACCUCACGCUUCUAGAAUAGAUAUUUGGCCUUGAAUUCCACUUCCCUUCCGUCUGCUUCCUCCUUUCUUCGCUUCGUCAAAUCCAUUUCCUAUCUCCUUGCUUCCCCGGUUCCCCCCAACGUCAGUCAUCAUGGUCAACUUCAGGUGGUGCUCUCUCGCCCUGCUCGCUCUCCGCGCCGUGUCUGUCUUCGCACAAGAAGAGACCUUCGGCGAUGAUUCGACCGCGGCUCCCGUCUCGCAGCCCGAGCUGAAGGCCGAUAUCGAGACUACCUUCCCCGAUGCCGACAUCUUUGGCGUCAAACUCGUAAACGGCAAGGUCACCAAGGCCCUCAUUGACAUCACCAACCAGGAGGAUGGCCCUAUCCAGGUCGCCUUCGUUGGCGGUGCCCUCAAGACCACUCGCCCCCUGCCCGAGGACGCGCCUGUCUACGCCCAGAUUGUGCGCAACUUAACCGCCACUCGGUUCCAGAUCGAGAUUCCGGCUGGCGAGAAGCAGACUCUCCCUUACAACUUUGUCUUGGACAUGAUGCCCCAGGAUGUCGUUGUCGAGCUUCUUGCCGUCGUCACCAACCCUGCCGGCGAGGUUUUUGAGAUCCAGCUGCACAACGGCACCGCCAGCAUUGUUGAGGCCCCCACCAGCAUCUUUGACCCCCAGAUCAUUUUCCUCUACCUCUUCCUGACCGGUGUCUUCGGUGCCACCCUCUACUUCGUUUACAAGACCUGGAUCGAGGCUCUCUUCCCCCAGGCUGUUAAGAAGACCAAGGCCCCUAAGGUCAAGAAGGUCGAAGUUUCCGAGCCCUUGUCUGGUUCCGAGUCGGCCGGUGCCACCUCUGGCGGCGAGAAGAACUUUGACGAGAGCUGGAUCCCCUCGCACCAUCUCAACCGCCCCGUUGCCCGCCGCGUCAAGAGCGGUGCCAGCGCCAAGGCCAAGAAAGGUGGUGAUCAAUGAACGGGGGGACUGCAACAACCUUCUUUGCAGUUUUCGCGUAAACACACCUUCUUAUAGACAUCUAAUCACAUUGGAUCGAUCCUGUUCUCUUUAUGUCUUUAUAUACCGGGACCUGGUGGUUAUGUAAACCGCCAGCAGGUAGCUCCCUUCCUGCCAAAAUUUUGUAAGAUUGGUCUAGUGUUGGGCUCAACAAUUCGGCGGGACACAGGAAGCUGGUGAUACGAUGAGAAAUGGGAUCUUGCGAGCCGAAAUUCUUCUGAAGUUGGAAACAACGAAGCGCUGCAAGCAGUACACCAGCUCAUAACGGAGUCAAGGGAAAAACGCAGAGAUUUGUACCAUAUAACGACGAUGAGAUAUGAAAUGGCUAUUUAUUAGGUAUACAUGGGCCAACUGAUGUGAUUACGACACCGGAGGUACAACCAAUAAUGAUGAUCUCGUCGCGCAUGUUCGAACUGUUAUCGAUGGCAGAAACAGUAGGAGCGAAGACAAAGUGAAGGCGAAAGGAAGGAACAACGUUGUGUAUUGGGAAAAUAUGAGAAAGCACGAGACAGGCUGAUGUCUUGGGGAAGAACCGGACCCAGCAAAGACACCAAGCGCUGUGAUCCAUGCAAUUUGUUGGAUAUAACCGCUGUGCUUUCAAACAAAUGUUAAGACUAUACAAAAGCCUAAUUAGGCGAACAUCAUGGCAUGCAAACGCUCUCGUGCUCGCAACGAAUAAUAUGACAUGGGUGUUCAUCUUCGAA